AUGGUACAGGUGAUGGUAUCGUUGCUGCUCUUAUUAGUGACGGUGCAUCAUGUAAGCACUCAUCUGAUGCCUGCAACGGAUGACCAAUAUGACGUGUUAAGUCGUAUCGACGUGGACGACUCCGUAGUCGCGGUAGUCCGUCGCAAUAAGAUUCUUCACCUUCUAUACGACGAGACCAUCAUCGGGGCCGAAUUUGACGAUCCGAUGCUGCGCAAACAGACUACGUAUCCAGGCUUUACAAUUAUGCAGUGCUCUGCGUAUCUAGACCGUAAACCAUCGAGGGCAUUGCAGAUUGGUCUCGGCAUUGGCUCCGUCCCGAGCUUUCUACGAGACAUGGACAUCCCAACAGAUGUGGUUGAAAUCAGUGAAGCUGUAGUGAUACAAGCGGCAGACUAUUUCCAAUAUGAAUGGUGUGUUUUAUCCGAUGACGAAGAGGACGAGAAAUGUCCAAAUGGCCAAACUUUCGUUAUGGAUGGUCUUGAAUUUUUAAAUCGCAAACCAAAAGAUCUUGAAAUUCAAACGCAGGAGGAUACCAAUCCAUAUGAUCUAUUUAUUGUGGACGUGUAUACGGGUUGGAAUCCCUUUGCAUUUCUCGUUCGUGAGAAGAUUUUGUUGAUCCGUAAAAACUGGUUAACUAUCGACGGAGUCUUGGUCAUGAACUUUGUAGGAUUUAUGCACGGCCCACGUGCAGCAGCCCCGAAAUCUAUUUACCGUACGUUGCAAAGCGCGUUCAAGCACGUCAAAUGUUUUCGAGAAAUGGAAGACCCCAACGAUCCGGAGGCGGGCAACAUUGUUUUCUAUGCUUCUGACAAGCACAUCGACUUUGCUCUACCAUCCACAGGCAUAUACAAGGACCCUCCACCCAAUACGUUUUACAGUGUGGUCACAAAUUUUCCAAACUGGCAGAUUUUUACUGAUUUAGAUUCCGAAGUAGAAGUAGCAAUUCACCAGGAAGUGGACGAUGACAAAGUGCGUUUUGUGCCGAACAAUGACAGCUACAAGACUGACGAGGGACCUGCUUUGCGCGUGCUUACGGAAGCGAGUCAUGGCCAAAAAGAUUUUCAUGACAUUCACGUCGAAACGCAGAAUCACAUGCGAGAGCGAGUGUUAAGCCAAUUUCCUCUCGCUCUUUGGAACGAAUUAAAGCAAGACAAUUGGAGUCAGCGUCCAUUGCUGCGAAACCACCAGCAGGUGUGCUGCCAAAUACUUUUCUCACACCUUGCAGCUCGUCAGAUUGCCUAUGCCACGCGUCAUCCGCCGUCAGCAUCACACUUGCGAAUGCGCUUACACCACAGUUUGAUUUGUUUUCUCGAAAAGCCCGAAUGUACCAUUAGUAAAAUAAAUCGACAGCAAUAA